AUGGAGGAUCAGAGGUUGACACAGCUACAUCCUGGGUCGUUAGACCAUAGCGUACUGACAAGACAAAACCAUCACAGGUCGAAGGACGUAUGGAAUGGUGAGGUGGAAAAGCCUAUUUUAUGUAGACGGUCAGAUGGUAAUUUUUGGAAUUUGGUUCAUGAUCGUCCCAUUCAUCGACGUGUCCUGCAAAUAUUAAUUGAUGCAGGAUUUUACGGGGUCUAUCGAGUAGGACGUAUACAAUUAGACCAUGCUUUUAUUACUUCUCUUGUUGAGAGAUGGCGUCCGGAGACGCAUACUUUUCACCUAAGAGUUGGGGAAGCCACUAUUACGCUACAGGAUGUAGCUAUUUUGUAUGGAUUGCCAGUAGAGGGAAGGCUAGUAUUGGGCAUUGAUAGUACAAGAAAGACCGAAGAGUGGCAGAAUAUGUGCGACGCGUUGCUUGGUUUUAGACCACAUAGUUAUUGUUUAUUUGGUAGUAGGCUUGAGAUUAGUGCACUAGCUACAUACAUGGAGCAAUUGCCUUUGCUAGAUGAUGAUGCAGAUGAGGUAGUUGUACAUCAGAGGGCUAGGUGCUAUAUGUUAUGGAUGAUCGGGGGUAUACUGUUUCCUGACACAUCAGGAAACAAGGUUAAGUUAAUGUACUUGACGCUGCUCGAUGACAUCACGCAGAUUGGUACGUAUAGUUGGGGUAGUGCUGUGUUGGCGUGCUUGUACCGUGCAUUGUGUAGAGCUACUCGGCCAAAAAACAAUGAGUUAUGUGGCUUCAUACCACUUCUACAGGUAUGGGCAUGGGAGAGACUGAAGAUGGUUCAUCCAGACAGACGUCAGGCAAGAGAGGGUGCUAUUAGAUUCUCCAAUGAUCUCCCUGGUCCGCCACAUGCAUGUAAAUGGAACGUUCAGCUUAGUUGGACACAUACAACGCAAUACGUGUUGCCAUUAUUUCGGGACCAGCUAGAUAACCUUGUUGAUGAACAUUUUGUUUGGGAGCCGUAUACUCUAGAUGUGAUGGAGAAUCUUCCCGAGUAUUGUCGAUCAGGAGAGUACUUUUGGCGUGCUGUG